GAUGAAGCUCUGCGAGAGCGCCUGAAGGCCUCAUUAUGGUUCUCGAUUGGAAAGAUUGUCGAUGAAGAGACUUUGCGCCAAAACACGACGGCUACUCCUCAAUUCAUUGGUGCUUUAACAGAGAUGGUGUGGACGCAAAUUGAGAAUGUGGCCAUGGAUCUCGAGUCCUUCUCACGCCAUGCUGGCAGAACAAUGGUUACGACAGAUGAUGUGCUCCUCAUUACAAGACGGAACGACGCGCUUCAUGGAAUCAUCAAGGACUUUAUUGACAAGGAGAAGGCGAGAAACGCUAAAGGCAAAGGUCCUGCAAAGGCAAAG